AUGCCGGACCAUUCAAGCCAACCUGCAUCCGCUCGGUCACGGAAGAAGGCGAGUGCAGCUUGUGUCAAUUGUCGCAGACACCGCGUGCGGUGCAUCACGACCCCGAAUCAGAACCAGUGCGACCGGUGUUCAAGACACGGCGUCGACUGUAUCUUCAAAGACGACGACGAGCGCAAACGGCCACACUCCAAGGCCAGUUUGAAUGACCUUCUCGCCCGAGUCCAAUUUCUCGAGGGAUUGCUUCGACAACAAUCGCACUCGACGAAUCAGCUCAAUUCGCUGCAGGAAUUCACAUUGGAUUCAGUCGUGACGGCUCCUGCUGAUGAUGUGCAAAGGCGGCCCGAAGACGAAGACUCACUCCCACAGCUCGGUCAGCCGAACGAGGCACAGCUACCGGAUGCAUCCCCCAGGCUUCCAGGCAUGCCGGCAGUGAACCAGUCCCAUUCGUCUCCCAGCGCAUCCGUCAGUCCAGGGACUCAUGGACAAGCCAUCCUUGACCAAUUGACCGACACGGUGUCCAAUCUUCUCAGCGUCAAGGUCGUACAAGAGAUCAACUUGACCCUCGAGCAUCACUCACGCUAUGACGCGCAUCUACCCUUUACAAAAUCCUUCGAGCGCAAUACUCGCGCCUUUGCACUCCUCCGGUCCAUAUCACUCGAAUUACAGGACCACCUCACAAGCCUGUACUUCAAAUAUAGCAACCAACGAAAUCCUCUCGUGAACGAGGAAGCCUUCAUGUCCGACAAGGCCCUGGGUCGCACCGACUUCUAUAGCCCUCUGCUCCAUCUCUGCAUUGUUGCUCGCGGCUUGUACUACGCCGACCUGGAUGACCAUAGGAUCGACACGUUCCUAAGGAAGGACCAGGAUAAUGUCUUGCACCGAGAAGUGUGCGGACUGAUGACUUUCGACCUCUGUGAUUCAGGCUCCUUGACAUUCUGUCAGGCGCUGGGCGUUGCGUCUGACCUUGAAUGUGGCGCGGGGCGAUCAAGGAGUGCUUGGAUGACUAUCGGCGCGGCCAUCAGGAUGGCCUUCGAUCUGAACAUCCACGUGGAUCGGAAUCAAACGGACAAUUCUAUACUGGCACAACAGGCACGUAAGGAGCUCUUCUGGGGCUUGGUCUCGCGUGAUCGAUACUACACUUUAUCUUUGGGACGCCACAGAAUGAUCAGAAACUCUGACUUUGCCGAUGUUCUCCAGUGUCCGCCGCACUGGGACACGUAUCAGGUGGGAGUCUUCACCGCCAUAGCAGACCUGAUGUGCUUGACGGCAGACAUCGUCGAAGUGCUGGUGUGUGCCCAAGACAAGCAGGACUUUUCAGACCUCCACUUGAACCUGGCCGUAUGCAGCAAGGCGCUCAAAAAGUGGCAUGCCCGGCUGCCGGAACGACUCCAGUGGAAUGCGGUCAACGUCCGGGAGGCCGACCCCAGAUUCUUCCUUCUCCAUUUACAGUUACAUGCCACCUACAUUAUACUCCACCGGCCGUUUUCUAUGAUGCAGGUCUUCGGGCCCGGCGUCGGCGGCACGAACGAGGGCACCGACUCCUAUUUCUGGUCCCCAGUCCGCAGCCGAGCGCAUAUGCUAUGCAUCGAACACUCGAUAGAAAUAUCCAACAUCCUCAAGCUCUACGAGCAACAGCGCGCACCUCGUGUUAUGUGUUUGAGCGUAGUGCACCAUCUUGGAAUUGCGGCUACGGCUCUGAUUUCCGAACUGGUCUUGGAGCAUCCCGCCCAGACUCCCCUACUUCCCCAUCUCCUCUAUAUUCGGGGAGUCUUACGAGGUAUGGUGCCGACGUAUAAAGGGGUGAAAAAGACACUGCACAUUAUUGAGAAGGCCUGUACAGCUUCUGGCUGGACUUCGGACGGUCCUUGCACAUACAGUGGUCUCGAAGCAGGCGGGGUCCGCCCAGCGACCUCGAUGCCGACCUCGAAACUCAGAACAUCUCAAGGGCUCUCCCUUUCAUCACAAGAUAUGUUCCCCAGGGGGUCGCCGGCUCAGCCUCCACCAGCGGCCGCGUUUCUUUCCAAGCGAGCAGAUCUGCCACUGUCCUAUGAGAAAGCCCUACAGCCGGAAGUCGCUGGCGAUAACAAUUCAUUUGACUGCCACGAGUUUUCGAUUGGGAAUCUGGAAGACAUGUUUGGGUGGCCGGUGUGGGGCGACGAAGAUGGACAAGCAGCUUAG